AUGACCAAAUUUAACUUGAGCUCACUCGCCGGCCACCAUUCAGACUCGCCGGCCGGCACAGAAAACCCGGUCGCUGCUGAACCACAUCACAGGCGUGACUCAAAGCUUAGUCACAUCAUGGACUCGAUCCGGCACUCGCUUGCGCAUGAGCAUGAGAAGCUACCUGGCGGCAGCCAAAGUCAACCACAAACUGUCUCCGCAAACGGCGAAUCAGGCAACAACGGCUCACUCAGUCCUUCGUUGCAGGCCGUAGCCUCAUCCAAACUCAACGAAAACAACAUGGGCGAGCAUUCCCAUGAACUAGAUAACUCCUGGGGCUGGCCGGGUCUUGGUACUUACACAUCGAGCACACCCGAAGCUCCCACAGCAUCCGACUCAGGUGCCCCAUCGACGUCAAGACAAAACUCAGUGGCGAAAGGAAAGGAGUCUGAGCCGGCAAGGAGAGAAUCGACGACGUCCCAUGCCAGCAAGAAGAGCACCGACACUCAGACUGGGUGGCCAGGCUUAGGCCCCUUCCCAGAAGACGUCGAAAAAUAA